AUGGUCUCCCACACCGCCGCCAGCGCUCGGCGGGCGGCAUCCCAGAGAGGCGAGAACAAUGGAGCGCCGAGCCGCCGGCCACCCGGCCGGCCUCCCUGCCUUGCCUCCCUGCCUCAGGCAGGCAUGGACGGAGCGCGGCCAGGCGCGAUCAAUCGCCUAUCGACGCGGACGGCCAGCCUCGCACCUCCUCCUUCCCGAGGAGUCUCCGCCCCCCGCCGGCUGCUGAUUGGCGCCCCAGCCCACACUUCCCUUUUCCAAGAACUGAGAAGCGCGUCCGCAGGGCGGGGGGAAGAGGGGGCAUUUCCUUCUUUCUCCGGGAAAGCCUCCACCCGGGAGGCGGGUCGGAAAGGCGGGGCUUCCCUGCGGGAGGAAGGAGAGAAGGGCCGAUCCGAGCUGGCAGCCAAGCGGUCCCAAACGGGGGUCAGUUUGUUUGCGCUGGGCGGCAUGGCUACGGCGGGCGGAUCGGCCGGGCUGCGCUGGAGUUUGCGCGCCAGGAGCGCUUUCCGGUUGGAGAACUGCAGGAGGAAUGCCUUUGGCCAAGAAUCACUGGGUCCCAUCUCUCUGAGUGGCUUCAGCCUCUUGCCGUUCCGAAGGGCCUAUCGGGCAGCUCUUUGUACUGAGCUGACAAAGCCAUUGGUUGUGAGGGAUGUCCCAUCUUCUUCUCUGCAGCCUCAUGAGGUCAGAGUACGUGUCCGUUGCUGUGGAGUAAAUUUUGCCGAUAUACUGGCUUGUCAGGGUCUUUACCAAGAAAAACACUCCCUUCCAUUCACCCCAGGAAUGGAAUUUUCAGGGGAUGUGAUGGAGAGUGGAGUGGAUGUCAGUGGCGUGAAGAAGGGGGAUCGUGUCAUUGGCGUGGCCAACACCAAAGCUCUGGCUGAGGAGUAUGUUGCUGAUCAAAAGUUGCUCUGGACAAUCCCGCAGGGAGUUCCGUAUGAAGAGGCUGCAGCGUUGCCUGUCUCUUACGGGACGGCCAUCUUGGCCCUUGAGCACAGGGCACAAACACGGGCAGGAGAGACAGUUCUGGUGACGGCAGCAGCAGGUGCCACGGGACUUGCCACUGUGGAUGUUGCAAGCAAUGUCCUUAAGGCAAAGGUAAUAGCAGCAGCGGGGAAUGACAGCAAAUGCAACCUGGCUCUCCAGAAAGGGGCCGUCCAGAGUGUGAAUUACAGCUGGGCUGGCCUGAGGGAGGAAGUGAAAAAACUCACAGCCAGUAGGGGAGUUGACGUGGCCAUUGACACCAUCGGUGGAGAUAUUUUCAAGGAGGCACUGCACAGCCUGGCCUGGGAAGGCAGGAUUGUGGUGGUUGGUUUCGCUGGGGGAACUAUCCCUUCUAUCCCGGCCAACCUGCUGCUUCUGAAGAACAUCUCUGCCCUGGGACUGUACUGGGGCCGGUACCGGGACCAGGAUUUCCCAGUCUUUUCCUCUGCGCUCUCUUCUGCUCUCCAGUAUUGUCAAGAGGGACGUAUCCAACCUCAUGUAGGAGCAGUGUUCAAACUGGAGGAGGUCAAUGAAGCCUUUGCACAUGUGACUCAACGUAAAUCUACAGGAAAGGUUAUCAUCUCAGUUAGUUAAGCCUGGUUUUGUGUGUUUGUGUAUGGAUGUCGGAUCUCACUCCUUACUGCGCUUGCCUCCUUCUGAAGAGACACGGGACUUCGUCCCAUGAAGCCUAAACAAUUCACUAACAUUGUGGUCCUGUGCAAAGUUAUUCUGGUCUAAACAGAUGGGCUUAGAAUGGAGUAACUCUUCAUCGGAUUCUACUGCAAGUGACUUGGUUGUUUUGGGGGUAUGAGAGCAGAUGGUUGCCUCUUGAACAGUACAACACCACGGGAGCUCCAGUCAGCCAGGCAGAGAAUCCCUCACCAGCAUGCCCUCAUCUGGUCUUACCCUGGCUUUCCUGCCAUUUGCAGAAACUGAUGAGUAGCACAUCAGUGGUGCUGGAUAAUAUCCAGUAUUGAAGCGUGUAUGCCCAGACCACUGGCCUGUGGAGCGGGCUGAAGUUACAUGAAGCAGUUCGACCACUGCAGCUCCCCAAGUGUAGCCAUGUAAACAGUUUGGCUGGGAAUGGUAGGUACGUGGCUCUGAAGUUCUCGAAGGAAAAGCGGGAUACUAUUGGCCAUCAGUGCAUAAAGAAUGGAGUGUCCUGUCCAGCAGCUUGUGUCCCUAGAGGGCCCCUUUUGAGGAUGGAGUGGAGGAAGCAGGCCCAAGUCCCGCCUGCCAAGCUGACCUGCUGGCAAAUUUCCUCAUCCAUGCUGCCUGUUUUCUGGAUGCUCGCUGCAGUUUCAGAAAUAAGUCAGUAAGGGAACACAGUGCUGCAGAGAACCCGGAAAGCAAAAUACACUGUGAAAAAGCAGUUUCUAACAAUUAUAUAUAAAUAAAGACUUA